GUUCUUCCCUCUUUAGUGUUUCAACUCAUAACUUAGUUCUUUCAAAUGAUUUCCCUGCUGAUUUCAAAUGGCUUCUUUCCUUCCCACCGGGCCAUGCCUCCAAAACCCCUUCCACGAAAAACCCCAUUUUUCAUUUCCCUCAAAGUUCGAUGCUUUCGUGCUUCAGAGUCAAAUCCAGUUCCCGAUUUUCCUCCACCGAGUUCGGUUCUCUUGCCACGUUCCAUCAAACGGGUCUCUCGCCUCUUGAGGACUGAACUUCAACGCGCUCUAAUGGAUUACCUGCAUUUCACGCGCGGCUACACCUUCUCCGACGCGGAGUACAUCAGCAAGAACUCGCCUCGUUUUGUUGAAUCAUUGGUGUCCAUGAUUGACGAGAAAGAUGACGCUCCCCGAUCGUUACGGAAGUUCUUCAGGUACAACCCCAUCAACGAGUUUGAACCGUUUUUCGAGAGUUUGGGAAUUGGCCUUUCCGAGUUGCAUUUGUUUCUCCCCCAUGACAUGAUUUUCUUGGCUGAUGAUCACGUGUUGCUUCAUAAUUUUCAUGUUUUGUGUAACUACGGGGUGCCAAGGAAUAGAAUGGGGAGGUUCUAUAAAGAGGCAAAAGAAAUUUUUGGGUAUGCCGGUGGGUUGUUGGAGUCAAAGUUGCAAGGCUAUGAGAAUUUGGGUUUGAGUAGAUCAAAUGUUGUGAAGCUUGUUGUUUGCUGUCCUUUGCUUUUGGUUGGUGAUGCCAAUUAUGAAUUAGUUGCUGUGCUUGAGUGGAUGAAGAGAAUAGGGAUUGAAAGUGAUUUGAUGGUGAAUUACUUGUCUUGUUCAAGGACAUAUAGUUGGAAAAGAAUGCUUGAUACAUUGCAGUUUCUUCAUAAAGUGGGUUAUUCUGAGGAACGGAUCCACAAUUUGUUUAGGGGAAACCCGAAACUGUUUUUGGAAGGUAUUGGGAAGAAGGUGUACUUAUUUUUUGGUCGAUUGGUUAAAAUUGGUGUUGAGAUAAAUGUGAUUUAUUCUUAUUUUGUGGAGUAUCCCAAUAUCUUGUCAUAUAAGUGUGCGAAAAAUAUGUUGAAAGUGAUUGGCUUUUUGUGUGCUAUUGGAAUGGGAAAAGAUGACAUUUCUCACAUUUUCUCUAAGCACGUGCAUCUCUUGAGUACAUGUUCCUUGAAAGGUCAUAAAACUGUCUGUCAGGAGUUAAAAGUUGGAAAAGCUGAUUUGUAUCAAAUCAUAAAGGAUGAUCCAUUGAAGCUAAUUAGCUUUUCAUCAAAGCAGCAACAGAAGAGCGAUGGAAAGGUAGAUAGUCAUGACCCACGAAACUAUUUGGAAAAAAGAACUUUCUUGCUGAAAUUGGGAUAUACUGAAAACUCUGAAGAGAUGGCAAGAGCAUUAAGAAUGUUCAGAGGUAGAGGUGAUCAAUUACAAGAGAGGUUUGAUUGCCUGGUAGAAGCUGGUUUGGACUAUAAUAGUGCGAUCGAAAUGAUAAAACGAGCUCCUAUGAUUCUAAGCCAGAACAAAACUGUAAUUAAAAGGAAAAUUGAUUUCUUAAAAGAUGUUUUAGAUUACCCACUAGAAUGUCUCGUGGGAUUUCCAACAUACUUUUGCCAUGAUUUGGACAAAAUUGUUGAAAGACUUUCAAUGUAUGCAUGGCUGAAGGAGAGGAAUGCCAUAAAUCCUACGUUAACCUUGAGUACCAUAGUUGCAUCCAAUGAUAAACGCUUUGAAAAGUACUUUGUGAACGUGCAUCCUCAAGGUCCAGCCGUCUGGAAGGGUUUAAAAAGGUUAUCUAAAAAAGAUAAGAACUAAUAGCUCCUUGCAAUGUAUCCAAGUUUUGUUUUGAUAAGUUGUCUCUUGAUUUUAAUGCAUGCUUUGCUUGCUAUUUGUUCCUAAAAUCCCUUGCAUUUUUUUUUUAAAUAUAGAGGGCUGUCUAUUUUCUGCGUGUUAAGAUUUCUUUUGUUGAUAAUAUUGCUAUCUAUCGUUAUGUUGUCUUGAUGCUAUUUGGAAGCAAUUGCUUAUGUACAUAACAUUAACCGGGGGCAUACACUUGCCAUUUGUCUUUAUCUUCUUUUUGCCUUCUUGUUCAAUUUACUUCUUCUUGCACCAUUUUCUACUCAAAUCAUCCCAUGUUUUCCCACAUUGUAUUGUCCUAUUUUGUUCUCAUCCCUCUCUUUUUUAUUGUUUCUUAACUUUAAUCAAUGGAAUCUUUCAAGCAAUGAACACUUUUACCGCUUGAAAGUGAGUUAUCUUCUGCUAAAAUUUGCAUAAUUGUAUUCACUGUUUUGACCAUGAUUUCGUUCAAAACAUUAGUAUCUUGAAAAGAGUUGGCUUAUGUGCUAUCAUGUUCUGUUCAUAUUGUUGAGUGAGAUAGAUACUACGUUUUAUUUUACUUUUAUUGCCAAUUUGCCAUGUUCUAUGUUGUAAUUUUGAUUUUUUUUUAUAUAAAUAGUUUACUUGUUCUUAAAAAUUCUACUCUAAACUUAAUUUAACCUUACAAAAUCAGUUUGUAACUUAAGAUUUUCUCUAACUUAUAUAUUAUAAUUUAGUCAUUUCUUUAGUUAAUAUAGGAUCUUCAAAACACAUUUUCUCAUAAUGAGGACUCAAUAUCUUAAAUGAAUAGAUAGCAUAACAAACCCUUCAAACAUUGGUAGAUAAUCUUAUAAAGUAAAUUUUAAGUUUAACUCAACCUUACAAAAUUGUAAGAUGAAGUUUGUCUCUACUUAUAUAUUAUAAUUUAACUAUCUUUAGUGAAUGUGGGAUCUCCACCACUUAUAAUCUCUUACAAUUAUUUUGAUUGUUUUAUAUAAUAUGCUAUGCUUUAAGCCUCAGGGCCUUUCAAAAUGUUAUUUUUGCUAUUUUAUGGAAUUUUCUUUUCAUUUUUUUUCUAAACCAGAUUGUAAAAUAUUACAUAUCAUCUGUAUGUGCAAGCAUAACUCUACACUUUCAUAUAUUCUAACUGGAUUUCUAGCAUGAGGAUUCCCUUGAACUCAACUUUCAUUCAACUGUUUUAAGGCUUGUUGAUAAUUUUGAUGGCUUAUUGGAUCCAAAACACUAAUAUUUAUGCUGGAAGACAUAAUUCCUUUUUUCUACGAGGAAGAAAACAAGAGUAUAUGAAGAGGGUUAGCAAUUGCAAUCCCAAGUGACCUUUUCGGAACUUGAACAUAGUCUUUGCUUACUAUAUCUGACGGUGAAAACAGUUUGUAUGACUCUCUAAACUAGUUUCUAUCACCACCUUACGUGGAAUCAGUUGUUGAAUGUGAUGAAACCUUUGCAGAAUUUUGUCUGAGACAUUGUGUUUAUCUGAGAAUUUUGCAUACACACACCUCUUGUCCUUGAUGAUAAAAGGGCAGCUGAAGUUGUAAUAAUGCCGAAGAAUCUAAAUCUGAAUGUACACUUGGAGAUGAUGCGAGUGUUACAGUUGCUUGUAUUUCUGGAGUUGGAAUUUUCAAGUCUGAGAACACGUUUCUGCUGGUCGAGGAAGCCUUGCCUGGCACCAAAGUUAAAUCAAAAUUGUUGAGAAAGUCUCUAUCUGAUGAAGAAAAGCAUGAUAUGUUCAGGUAAUAGUCACAGCAGCUGAAUGAAAUGGUUCAAAGGUAUUAUUAACAAGUGCUCAGGUAGCAUGUCUCCCUCAAAUUUGUCAAGGCUACUAGAAGCAGUUUUGAAUAUUACGAAUGAAAACUGCCCAACAAGAGGUAAAACUGCUAAUGCUCUCAGGUUUGAACCAUCAAGAAUAUUCGAACAAAAACAGCCAAUAUCGACAUUGAAGUUCAAUGAACCAUAAGAAGGAUAUCAUAAAUAAAAUUAUCUUUAGUAGUUGUGAAACUUAGGUUUUCCCUAAUAGUUUUGGCAGUCUGCUCAAGCAUGAGUGUGGCUCAUAUGUACAUGGCUUUCUUGUUCGAUGUCUAGUCACUUCUAAAACUAGCUUGGAUGAAAAAAAAAAAAUCAGAAAAAUGGAAUUAAAGUUGUAUGGAUGCUCAAAGACUGAUCAAUGAACAAGCAAGUACUUUCACCUCUUUGCAAAUACAAUUUCAGAUUUUCAGCAUUGGUAGUAUAAGAAUUGGGACGUCUCUGGCUCACAUUCUGUAUGAAGCUAAUAUUGUACUGACUAAUUGGCAAAGGAAGGCUCGUGGAGAUGAUGAUAUGCUGGCGUUUUGGAGGCCGCAGCUUUUGUUUAUAUAUAGUGUUAUAAAUUACACAAAUUGUACUUUCACCUCCUGUAUGAAAUUAUAUCAUAUCAGUCUAUCCUUUCUCAA